UUCAAAAUUUUCUUCCAUCAAUUUGAAAAAUCCAACCAAAUCUGCCAAGUAUCCUGUAUUGCAUAUGUGAAUCUAGUCAUGUCAAGGUGUACCGGCCCAUGGGCCUCUCAGUUCUUAAUCCAUCCUUGGUCUUAUGGACAGAGAACCAUUAACUGGAUUCUUCAAAAAGGCUUCGAGUCCACACACAGCAACCACGUUUACAUGGACUCCAGAAAGCGAGCUAUUGCGAGAAAGCAGUUCCAGUAUACAUGAUCUGUAUAAGCAGCGUACUCCUGUAUACAUGCAGCUCAGUCAGUAAGCAGCUUUCUCCACAGCAAUGUAAUUUCCCCACAACACUGUUGUGAAUAACAAACAUGGGUACUAGGGAAGAUUUCAGUAUUUUAUUAUCUGUUGCUUUGCUUUAUUUCCAGAUAUUCCAGAGUUCUUUCUGUGUUUGUUUCCUUACCUUUCUAUCUUGACCUCUAGUGGAAUUGCGCUUCAAUAGUGGGGUUUCCCUUUACGUAAAACUCAUAUUUUACAGCGCUGUUUAUAAAUGGGCACUUUUCCCACUGUACUCCCAGAAAUGUUUUGUUGGCUUGUUGUUUGGCUCAACCCUAUGAUAUUUGUAAUUCAGUUUGUUCCAUGCUCAUGCGCUCUCCUCACAAACCUGUCCAAUUCCUUGGACUGAUCUCUCCAUUAUUACACACUCCAAACCUGUAAAGGAUCAACUUUUAAUUUCUAGAAUAUAUCAGACAAUGUUUAUUCUCGCUGUAACAAUGUAAGUGUUAUCUUCAUAACUUUUAAAUAAGUUAUUUUGUUUAACAGAUUUGUUCUUGUGUACAAUCAUAUAAUAAUCUUGAGUUUGAUGAAUGUCAGUCCAUUAUAAUGAUGAUGUUUUUGUGUUCAGAUGUUCAUCAUGAGAGAACAGAUGAAUGUGAUCCACACUGGAGAACAGCAGAUGCUGCAGACACCAGUGAAGAUGUGUUCAGUGAAGCUGCUGGACUGCAGGAACCUGAUGAAGAUGAGAGGAGAAAUCAAAGUAGAGGAACAACAGAGUGAUGAAUAUUAUGAAGAAACCACAGCAAAGGAACAACAGAAGCUGAUGGACGUGAAAGAGGAACAUCAAGAGCUGAAUGAAGCAGAGAAGAAACAUCAUGAUUUCACAACUGGAGAAACAUCUUUGAGUUGCUCAAAGACUGAAAAUAAUUUCUCACCAAAAAAUCCUCAAAGAAGAGCAGCAAAGAAAUCUCUUACUUGCUCUCAGUGUGAAAAGAAUUUCGCAUGUAAAAAAAAUCUUAAUGUACACAUGAGAAUUCACACAGGAGAGAAACCUUACACAUGCCAUCAGUGUGGAAAAUGUUUUGCAUAUGCAGUUUCUCUCACAAAGCAUCUCCAACAUCACUGUAGCAGAGAAAAGCCAUUUGAAUAUGAUAACUGUUGUAAAGCAUUUGUUGAGGAUUCAGACCUAAGAAAACACCAGAAAAUUCAUACUGGAGAGAAACCUUACAAGUGCUCACACUGUGGAAAGAGUUUCACUCUGUCACAAAACCUGAAAACACACGAGAGAAUUCAUACUGGAGAGAAACCUUACAAGUGCUCACACUGUGGAAAGAGUUUCACUCAGUUACAAGACCUGAAAACACACGAGAGAAUUCAUACUGGAGAGAAACCUUACAAGUGCUCACACUGUGGAAAGAGUUUCACUCUGUCACAAAACCUGAAAACACACGAGAGAAUUCAUACUGGAGAGAAACCUUACAAGUGCUCACACUGUGGAAAGAGUUUCACUCUGUCACAAGACCUGAAAAAGCACGAGAGAAUUCAUACUGGAGAGAAACCUUACAAGUGCACACACUGUGGAAAGAGUUUCACUCAGUUACAAGACCUGAAAACACACGAGAGAAUUCAUACUGGAGAGAAACCUUACAAGUGCUCACACUGUGGAAAGAGUUUCACUCAGUCAUGUAAUCUGAAAAGACACGAGAGAAUUCAUACUGGAGAAAAAUCUUACAAGUGCUCACAUUGUGGAAAGAGUUUCACUCUGUCACAAGACCUGAAAAAGCACGAGAGAAUUCAUACUGGAGAGAAACCUUACAAGUGCUCACACUGUGGAAAGAGUUUCACUCAGUUACAAGACCUGAAAACACACGAGAGAAUUCAUACUGGAGAGAAACCUUACAAGUGCUCACACUGUGCAAAGAGUUUCACUCAGUCAUGUAAUCUGAAAACACAUGAGAGAAUUCAUACUGGAGAAAAACGUAUGACUAUGACAAGUAGAGCACGUAACUCCGAAGAGAAGACUGUGAGCAGUAACAGAAAUGAUCAUGAUUAUACUGACGCGAUGGAGGUUUCUGCUGAAUCUAACAAGCGUGUCUUGAAGGAAUGUGCUGCUGAGAAUUUACCUGUUACUCCCAGCAAAGUUCACAUAAUGAAGAAAGUGCGGCCUGAUCAGGUGGAAGAUAUCUCUAAUGCGGAUAUACUUGAGAAGAAGAAGAACAGCGCUGAUAAAUCAGAUAUUUGUUCUCAAGCGCGUCAACACUCCAGUCCAGUCGGUGGAAGUUGUUGUUUUGAAAACCUCCAGAAAACACAAGAAGAACUCAUUUCGAUAAGUGUUGUGAGCAGUCAGAAUGGAAGCUGCCAUAUGACCGGACCCUCCCUUCUCCAUCGAGCUAGCCUCGUCGGAGUCCAUGGCUUCAAGAUGUUCAUCAUGAGAGAACAGAUGAAUGUGAUCCACACUGGAGAACAGCAGAUGCUGCAGAUACCAGUGAAGAUGUGUUCAGUGAAGCUGCUGGACUGCAGGAACCUGAUGAAGAUGAGAGGAGAAAUCAAAGUAGAGGAACAACAGAGUGAUGAAUAUUAUGAAGAAACCACAGCAAAGGAACAACAGAAGCUGAUGGACGUGAAAGAGGAACAUCAAGAGCUGAAUGAAGCAGAGAAGAAACAUCAUGAUUUCACAACUGGAGAAAAAUCUUUGUGUUGCUCAAAGACUGAAAAUAAUUUCGCAGCAAAGAAAUCUCUUACUUGCACUCAGUGUGAAAAGAAUUUCGCAUGUAAAAAAAAUCUUAAUGUACACAUGAAAAUUCACACAGGAGAGAAACCUUACACGUGCCAUCAGUGUGGAAACGGUUUCACCGUGAAAAGCAAACUUAAUUUACACAUGAGGAUUCACACUGGAGAGAGACCUUUCACGUGCCAUCAGUGUGGAAAAGGUUUCACUGUGAAAAGCAAACUUAAUGUACACAUGAGAAUUCACACUGGAGAGAAACCUUUCACAUGCCAUCAGUGUGGAAAAUGUUUUGCAUAUGCAGAUUCUCUCAAAAAUCAUGUCCGACAUUACUGUAGCAGAGAAAAGCCAUUUGAAUAUGAUAACUGUUGUAAAGCAUUUGUUGAGGAUUCAGACCUAAGAAAACACCUGAAAACUCACACAAAUGAGAAGCCUUACAAGUGUUCUUUUUGUGGGAAAUGUUUUGCACACCUGUCCUAUUUUAAAGAACACCAGAAAAUUCAUACCUUUGCUGGAGUUCAUAUGUGCUUUGAAUGUGGGAAGACAUUUAUUACAGCCAGCAGCAUGAAACAGCACCAAAUAAUUCAUACUGGAGAAAAACCUUACAAGUGCUCACACUGUGAAAAGAGUUUCAAUCAAUCACAACACCUGAAAAAACAUGAGAGAAUUCAUACUGGAGAGAAACCUUACAAGUGCUCGCACUGUGGAAAGAGUUUCACUCAGUCACAAAACCUGAAAACACAUGAGAGAAUUCAUACUGGAGAAAAACCUUACAAGUGCUCACACUGUGAAAAGAGUUUCACUAAGUCACAACACCUGAAAACACACGAGAGCAUUCAUACUGGAGAAAAACCUUACAAGUGCUCACACUGUGAAAAGAGUUUCACUCAGUCAUAUAACCUGAAAACACAUGAGAUAAUUCAUACUGGAGAGAAACCUUACAAGUGCUCACACUGUGGAAAGAGUUUCACUAAGUCACAUAUCCUGAAAACACACGAGAUAAUUCAUACUGGAGAAAAACCUUACAAGUGCUCACACUGUGAAAAGAGUUUCACUCUGUCAUAUAACCUGAAAACACAUGAGAGAAUUCAUACUGGAGAGAAACCUUACAAGUGCUCACACUGUGGAAAGAGUUUCACUAAGUCACAUAUCCUGAAAACACACGAGAGAAUUCAUACUGGAGAAAAACCUUACAAGUGCUCACACUGUGAAAAGAGUUUCACUCUGUCAUAUAACCUGAAAACACAUGAGAGAAUUCAUACUGGAGAAAAACCUUACAAGUGCUCACACUGUGAAAAGAGUUUCACUCUGUCAUGUAUUCUGAAAACACACGAGAGAAUUCAUACUGGAGAAAAACCUUACAAGUGCUCACACUGUGAAAAGAGUUUCACUCUGUCAUGUAAUCUGAAAAGACACGAGAGAAUUCAUACUGGAGAAAAACCUUACAAGUGCUCACACUGUGAAAAGAGUUUCACUAAGUCACAUAUCCUGAAAACACACGAGAUAAUUCAUACUGGAGAAAAACCUUACAAGUGCUCACACUGUGGAAAGAGUUUCACUAAGUCACAUAUCCUGAAAACACACGAGAGAAUUCAUACUGGAGAAAAACCUUACAAGUGCUCACACUGUGAAAAGAGUUUCACUCUGUCAUAUAACCUGAAAACACAUGAGAGAAUUCAUACUGGAGAGAAACCUUACAAGUGCUCACACUGUGAAAAGAGUUUCACUCUGUCAUGUAAUCUGAAAAGACACGAGAGAAUUCAUACUGGAGAAAAACCUUACAAGUGCUCACACUGUGGAAAGAGUUUCACUAAGUCACAUAUCCUGAAAACACACGAGAGAAUUCAUACUGGAGAAAAACCUUACAAGUGCUCACACUGUGAAAAGAGUUUCACUCUGUCAUAUAACCUGAAAACACAUGAGAGAAUUCAUUCUGGAGAGAAACCUUACAAGUGCUCACACUGUGAAAAGAGUUUCACUCUGUCAUAUAACCUGAAAACACACGAGAGAAUUCAUACUGGAGAAAAACCUUACAUGUGCUCACACUGUGGAAAGAGUUUCACUCUGUCAUGUAUUCUGAAAACACACGAGAGAAUUCAUUCUGGAGAGAAACCUUACAAGUGCUCACACUGUGAAAAGAGUUUCACUCUGUCAUGUAAUCUGAAAAGACACGAGAGAAUUCAUACUGGGGAAAAACCUUACAAGUGCACACACUGUGAAAAGAGUUUCACUCUGUCAUAUAACCUGAAAACACACGAGAGAAUUCAUACUGGAGAAAAACCUUACAUGUGCUCACACUGUGGAAAGAGUUUCACUCAGUUACAAGAGCUGAAAACACACGAGAGUAUCCAUACUGGAGAAAAACGUACGACUGCGAUUAAUUUGGGAAAAGUUUAAACAAAGCAAGUAAUCUAUAUAGACAUGUAAAAGAGUAUUGCCCAAGAAGUCACAGUUGGUGGUCGACCAAUGUGUGUUUUUCAAUGGCCCAUACCAAUAAGCCCAUUGUAAACGAUAUAUACUGUAUGUCACCGAAGUCUUUUAAAUUAUGAUGGUUGUGGCCUGUCAGACUCUGUUUCCUUUAAACUACCUCUUUCUGCAUUUUCUAUCUUUAAAAUUCCAACUGUUGAUGAGAGAUCCCCUUUAAUUUGGAAAUACAGACCUGUCAGCUUGGUCCUCUUCCAACAUAUUUAGUUAAAGUAAGUUUUCUUCUCUUGGCUCUCAACGAAGGCGGUCACAUUUUCUCACCCUCUCCCCUUACCUUCCCUGCUUUGCUCCUCUCGUCACAUCUAGUCUACUGUCUUGUACUUUGAGAGACUCUCUCAGCACUGCUCUCCAAACUAAGACAUCAUGGAUUUGAUCAACUGGUCUCUCAACACCAUCUUCUCGACGAGAAGCUUGAGUUCGGGGGAACCUGACUGCCCUGACGGAACGUUUGCAGCUGGCUACACGAUGGACGCGUGGGAGAGGUGGCGGGUCGUGUGUCUGGCGGCUCUUUCCGUGGAGGACGUUGAAGAUAUCUACCUAUUCGGUAUCAUGAUAACAGGUCUUCUGCUGAUUGGAUUAGGCAUUGCCCUGGUUUAUCGAGGAGUUAAGACGGUGACAGCUGUCCAAAGCCUCACAAGGCUGCCCGUCAUGAUUGAAACAGUGGGCAGAGCUGUUUGCACUCAGACUGGGUCUAUGAACCAAAAUACGGAUAACAUAAUGGUGAAGCUCACAGCUUUUCAAAGGCAAAUGGAUCGUUUCAGAGACCAAAAUGGACCAGAUGAAUAGCCGUGUAAAUCAGAAGCUGCUUCUCGCCUCAAGACCAAACAAUCCCAAUCUUAUCUGUUUCGGCCGCCCUCAACCAGCACUGGCCUUGGCCAAGGCCGCUGUUGGAUCAACAACUCCCCCGGAAGAGCACUGCAGUGAGCCACUCUCGCGUUCCUUCCCCGACUCCCCAGACACCUGGUGAUUGUUGACUAUGUCUGGGACCUGAUCAAGGUUGUCUCCAUGGCAACUUGCUGUGUAUCGCUAUGACAACCCUGCGGACUGAGGCACCUAGAUUAGAUGCUGGCAUAGCGACUCUCCAGGCCUAAACUCUUACACAUAUAUACAGAUAUGCGAUCAUCUGCCCGAUACCCUAUCCCUCGCCGCUUUGUACCCCCAGUCUGACAGGCGGGUCUGUGACCAGCGCCGAAAAAUGGCUGCAGGACCGGAUGGCUGCUUGCCUGUGCUGGGCCACCUCCACCCCCAAUCCCCUCCCCUGUUGCAAGUCUUGUUCAUGUUGUAGAGUGUACUGAUUAUGUGCUAAUGUUGCUGAGGUGUUUUUUUUCUGUUCCCACACUGUACUUCUUAAGGAGCAUAGUCUGGGGGCUGCCUUUUUUUUUUUUUUUCCUCCACCUCUCCUCCAUGUCAUGCUGUAUUUCUUUCUAAUUCCCUGUCUUCCUGUCCUGUCUACCCCCUUGUCAUAUGUAUGUUUGUAUGGACAGGUCGAUGGUCAAUUUCACUGGUUUACUAUGUGACAAUAAAGGACUACUACUACUACAUCUUUGUCUACUGCUUCAAUAACCCCAAUACUCAAGAAACCAGGGCCGAUCCUACAAAUUUUGAUAAUUGUUGUCCUAUUUCAGAUUUACCGUUUAUUUCAUAAAUUAGUUUGGAAAGGAGUGUUGCAGUUCAGAUUCAUGAUUGUCUUUGAGCUAAUAAUUUGUUUGAACAAUAUCAAUUGGGUUUACUUCCACAUCAUAGUACGAAAACUGCACUUGUCAAAAUGACUAAUGAUCUGCUGUUGGCUGCGGAUUCUGGUCAGCUGUCAAUACGCAUUCUUCUUGAUCUGAGUGCAGCCUUUGAUACGAUCUCCCAUAAAAUCCUCCUAGACAGGCUGGACUCAGUUUUAAUUACGGAUACCCCUGUCUUGGUUUCGAUCGUUUCUUUCUGGUCACACUCAGUUCAUACAACUCAAACAUUUUAGAUCGAAAUCAUCAAGUUAUCACUGGCGUUCCACAAGGCUCAGUGUUGGGCCCUCUUCUAUUUCUUAUUUACUGCCCCUUUGUCAUAUAUUUUGGAAACGUGUCAAUUUUAACUGCCAAGCCGAUGAUACCCAGUUCUACCGGUCUUCCAAACACACUUCUUUCCUUCCUCCAGCUGUUUAUCUGAAAUUAAAAACUGGUUCUCAUCUAAUUUUCUCAAAUUAAAUUGUGGAAAAACGAAAUUCUCCUUGGAAGAACUACAUCUAUUUUUGGCAAAAACUGAUUUUCGACUGUGACUAUCGAUCAGUCCACUGCUUCUCCUUCACCACAGGCUAAGAGUCUGGGUGUUGUCCUUGAUAGCACCGUAUCCUUUGAAGCCCAUGUUAAUAACAUAACUCGCUCUGCAUUCUUUCAUUUACGUAAUAUUAAUCGUCUUCGUCCCUCUCUCACAUUGAACAGUACUACCAUUCUUAUUCAUGCACUGGUUACAUCACAUUUUGAUUACUGCAAUGCUAUCCUCUUUGGUCUUCCAUACAAACUUCUUCGUAAACUUCAGCAGGACCAGAACUCAGCUGCACGAAUAAUUUCUAGAACCCCCUCUAACACGUUUCACCUGUUCUUCAACAUUUGCUUCUGGUUAAGCACCGAAUUGAUUUAAAAAUCUUGCUUUUACAUACAAGGCUUUAAAUAAUCUUAUUACCUCGUACCUCUCAGAUUUUUUUCAUAGCUGAACACCUACUCGUACCCUCAGAUCUGACCACUGUUAUACAGCCCCUUACUAAUGGUAUUCCCUUCCUCUGGACAUUUAUAACAGUGAGUCAUCAUACUUUUAAAUCUCGUCUUAAAACACCUUUUUAAACAGGCUUUUUUGUAACUUUGCAUUCAAUGAGUUCAUACUUUGUAUCUUCCAAUGUUUAAUUGCAUAUCAUAGUAUUGUUUGUUUAAUGUUGUUAUUGUUGAUUCUUUUAAGGAUGGCUUAUUUGUGUUCUGUUUGUAAGGUGACCUUGAGUGUCGUGAAAGGCGCCUAUAAAUAAAAUUCAUUAUUAUUACUAUCUCCAUUUAUCUCGGGUUAGCUUUUGUUGACGUCAUUAGUCUUGGGGUUUACAUACUUUUUCCAAACUACACUUUGAAUAGUUGAAUGAUGAAUUCAAUAUGAACAAGAACAAUACAAUAAUUUGUGUGUUACUAGUUACAAUAAAAUGUGUUUGUUCAUUAUUUUAACUUAGAUGAUGGUCUAACCAGAUUUUAAGACAAUGUUAUUCAUAGACCAUAUAACGAAGUGCUGAACUAUAAACUUUGAAGGAUUUGAUAUCAUUGGGUCUCUGUGUCAUUUCUUUCUUCCCUCAUCUGAGCCGCAUCGAGACGGGGAUUGCAGAUCAAGAAAAUAAAUUAAAUACAUUGAAUGACAAAAUGAUCU